GACCCGACUCAAAAGUGGUUUUUAGAAACGAAGACAAACCCCAAAUGGAUAAACCAGGGGACGCGUUUGAGCCGUGGAUUGAAUCCGACCGUUCGCUAACCGAUGCUUCACCGUCCGAUACAUAACCACCAGGGCCCAAUUCACUCAACACCCUCUAAAAGGCUUCGGCAUGGAAUUCAGAAGCGAAGAGUGAGAGAUACAGCCGAAGAAGCUUCUUGCCCAAUGGCUAAUCCUUUCCAAAAUCCGUGACAAAAGGAUUUUUGAAAGAGAAACUUCUGGAAUCUUCUACAACCCAGAUUUUGAAUUAUAGAAGCAUCAAUGGCGGAGUCCAAGAGAUCGACAGGGACGGUGAAGUGGUUUAGCGGUCAAAAAGGCUUCGGCUUCAUAGCUCCGGACGAUGGGGGCGAAGAUCUCUUCGUUCAUCAGACUUCCAUCCGAUCGGACGGAUUUCGGACCCUGUCCGAGGGUGAAACCGUGGAGUUCGCUGUCGAUCACGGCGAAGAUGGUCGGACGAAAGCCGUCGAGGUGACGGCUGUCCGUGGAUCUUACUCUUCAGGCGGUGGCGGUGGGAGGGGGUUUUCCGGUGGGAGAAGUAGGGGUGGUAGUUAUGGUCGAUACGGUGGCGGCGGUUAUGGUGGUGGUGGUGGUUAUGGUGGUGGUGGUGGUGGUUACGGAAGAGGUCUGAGGGGUGGUCGGAGAAGUGGCAGGACAGAUGACGGAUAUGGCGGCGGCGGGGCGUGUUAUAAUUGCGGCCGAAAUGGUCAUUUGGCCAGAGAUUGUUAUCAGGGCAGUGGUGGGGGGAGACGAGGAUACGGUGGCGGUGGUGGAUACUCUGCUGGUGCUGGCGGUGGUGGAUACUCUGCUGGUGCUGGCGGUGGUGGAUACUCUACUGGUGCUGGCGGUGGUGGAUACUCUUUUGGUGCUGGCGGUGGUGCAUGCUAUAACUGUGGAGAGGAAGGGCAUUUUGCGAGGGACUGCCCUAAUGGUCAGAAGUGACAAUGUGGGUUUACCUCUCUAAUAUAAUUUUUAUGUGGUUUGUGGUGAUUGUUUCGGGGAUGAAACCAGAGAAGACAAAUGGAUCAGCAGCGCUUGUCAUCAACAACUGUUUCUCCUUGUUGAGUUUCGGUCUUCCAUAUUUUUGGUAAAUUUGUUUGUAAUGUGGGUAAUUGUUUGCAUGAUAUAUAGUUUUUUCUCUUCCUUGUUCUUUGUUUUCCAUCCAUUGAUCAUCUUUACAUGUUCCUUGUGAUAUUUAGUGAAAAAGGCUCAAUAUUAAUUGAAUAUGUCUUGGCCACAAUCUACUUUUUCUUUUGCUGCUUGCAGUAGUUGUAUCAAAUAUUUACAUGUUUGAUGCUUUGUUUCUCA